GUAUUUGCAUUUUACAUUACAGGACAUCUUGGCACUAUAUUUCCAGAGGAACAUCAAAAAGAACUCCUUCGCUAUGCAUAUUGUCAUCAGAAUGAAGAUGGCGGAUGGGGAUUGUACAUUAUGGGAGAAAGUUGUAUGCUUUGCACGGUCUUAAACUAUAUUCAACUGCGUUUGCUUGGAGAAGAACCCGAUACCGAUGCUUGUAACAGAGCUCGAAAAUGGAUUCUAGACCAUGGAGGUGCUCUUUACAUACCUUCUUGGGGAAAAAUUUGGCUUUCAAUUUUGGGUGUGUACGAGUGGGAUGGAGCAAACCCUAUGCCUCCAGAAUUUUGGUUGUUUGGAAAUGCAUUGCCUUUGAAACCUGGACAUCUGCUUGGCUACUCUAGAUUAACGCUUCUUCCAAUGUCAUAUUUAUAUGGAAAGCGAUUCGUGGGAACUCUCACUCCUCUCAUUCUACAGUUACGCCAAGAAAUAUAUACUCAACCAUACAGCAACAUAAAAUGGAGUCCAGCUCGCCAUUAUUGUGCAAAGGAGGAUAAAUGCUUUGAGCGUUCAUGGAUUCAAAAGUUAGCGUGGGAUGCUGUUCACUACCUUGGAGAACCCCUUUUAGGCAGUUGGGCUUUUAAAAGUGUAAGAAAUCGAGCCCUCCAAAUAGCCAGAUUCCACAUUGAUUAUGAAGACCAGAAUAGUCAUUACAUCACAAUUGGAUGUGUGGAAAAGCCAUUGUGUACACUUGCUACUUGGGUUGAUGAUCCUAAUGGACAAGCUUAUAAGAAACAUCUUGCUCGAGUCAAAGAUUAUCUAUGGAUCGGUGAAGAUGGAAUGAAGAUUCAAAGUUUUGGUAGCCAAUCAUGGGAUGUUGCUUUUGCCAUUCAAGCGAUUCUUGCUACAAAUUUCCACCGUGAAUUCUCAGACACGCUUAAGAAAGGGCAUGACUUCAUUAAAAAAUCACAGAUUAGAGAGAAUCCUUCGGGUGAUUUUCAAAGCAUGUAUCGUCACAUAUCAAAAGGAUCAUGGUCAUUCUCUGAUCAAGACCAUGGAUGGCAACUUUCUGAUUGUACUGCUGAAAAUUUAACGUGUUGUUUGAUAUUAUCCACAAUGCCUCCGGACAUGGUUGGAGAUCCGAUGAAACCACAAUGCUUUUUUGAUGCUGUCAAUAUUAUACUAUCCCUUCAGGCGAAAAAUGGUGGAGUUUCAGCUUGGGAGCCAACAGGCAUUGUAUCAUCAUGGUUCGAGCGACUAAAUCCAGUAGAAUUCCUAGAAUACUCGAUAUUGGAGCUUGAGUACGUGGAAUGCACAUCAUCAUCGCUACAGGCGCUAGUGCUAUUUAAGAAGCUAUUUCCAAAUCAUAGGAAGAAAGAGAUCGAAACAUUUAUAACGAAAGGAGUAAACUAUAUCAAAGAAAUGCAGAAAGACGAUGGAUCAUGGUAUGGAAACUGGGGAAUUUGUCAUUUAUACGCUACAUAUUUUGCCAUAAAAGGACUAGUGGCAGUUGGAUACAGUUACGACAGUUGCUCAACCAUAAGAAGAGGUGUGGAUUUUCUACUUAAAAUUCAAUGUCCAGAUGGUGGUUGGGGAGAGAGUCACGUUUCCGUUACAAAAAAAGUGUAUACACCUCUUCAACACAAUGCUUCCAAUCUGGUUCAAACUUCUUUUGCUUUGAUGGCUUUAAUCCAUGCUCAACAGGCAAACAGAGAUCCAACUCCUGUUCACCGUGCUGCCAAGUUAUUGAUUAAUUCCCAAUUGGAAGAUGGUGAUUACCCCCAACAGGAAAUUACUGGAGCAUUUAUGGGCAACUGCAUGCUACACUAUCCAUUAUAUAAGAAUGUAUUUCCAUUGUGGGCACUUGCAGAUUAUUGUAAUUUGGUUCCCUUGCCAUAAGCCUCUUAAUCUUAAUUUAUCUUUCACUCUUAAUUGGACA